AUGGGUCCAGGCAUCUGGCGGCUGCCAUCUGCGGACACGGCAAAACCAGGAGUAGAGAGGGUGAUUAAAGCAGUCGUCGAGAGACACCAUGCGGAAGCAUCAGGCAAUUUUGGCGGUCUCCUCACUAAGCUCAAAGCGGCGCUAAGGCGUUAUGCGGCGGAGGAACGGAAGCGGAUACGAGCAACCUUGAGGCACCUGGAACUUGCAGUUUCCGGGUUGCAACAGGAGCUGAUGAGGAACCCCCUGCGCGACGAUCUUCGAGUGACUCUGGCGGAGAGAGAAUCGCAGCUGGCGGCGUACCUGAAAGGGGAGAAUGACAGGCUGCACCUCUUGGCGGGGAUAAAGGAGGAAACAAAGGGUGAGAUUGCGUCAGGAAAACCGGACAUGCCGAAAACGCUGCGGGAUCGGGAAAAAGAGGAGCUUGAGGCUGACUGGACAGAGGAAGAAGUGAAAAAGGCGUUGAAGGAGAUGGCGUGUGAUAAAUCCCCAGGUGGUGACGGUUUACCGAAGGAGCUCUUCGAGCGCCACUGGGACCUGCUAAGGAAGGAUUUCAUGGGCUUCAUUAAACAGUUCGAAUCCUCAGCGGUUCUUCCGGAGGAAGUGCAGGAGGUGGUGACCAUCCUGCUAUACAAAAAGGGGCCAAGGGAGCAGGUGCAUAAUUAUCGACCGAUUACCCUACUGUCAAGUUGCUACAAGGUGGUUGCGAAGCUGCUGGCUAACCGCAUGAAGCAAGUUUUAGGCACGGUCAUCUCGGAGGAGCAGCACAGGUUCCUUCCAGGCAGGCGGCUCUCGGACGCGGUGUCAACAGUUGCGGAUGUGAUAGAAGCUGCAAACAAUGACAAGGAGGACUGGUACCUGCUUAUGAUCGAUUUUCAGAAGGUAUUCGACUCUGUGUCGCGUUCGUUCUUGUUUGACACGAUGGCGCUGAUGGGAUUCCCGAGCAAGUUCAUCCGGUGGUGCGAGGGGCUGCAUGAUGGUUCCUUCACUCGUCUGCUGGUGAACGGGUGGCUGGGGGACCGGGUGGACGUCCGCAAGGGGGUUCGGCAGGGGUGUCCUCUGGCCCCCUACCUCUUCUUGUGCGCGGUGGAACCGAUCUGCCAGGAGGCAAAACCCAGGAAGUUAGGCAUCAAUGAUCACCACGGCGACAGAUUGGCUUACCUCGGUUACGCGGAUGACACGACGCUUGUGUUGAAAGGGAAGAGGCAGAUUGAGAGAGCGGAGGAACUGCUGGAGGAGUUCGGAGCUCGGUCCGGCCUCCGCGUCAACAAAGACAAGUCGGCGCUACUCCCACUAGGGGCUAACCUGAAAGAGACGAGAAGCGUGAGUUCAGACUUCGCGUGGGUGAAUCCAAAAGACGCGGAGAGACUUCUGGGUGUUUGGGUCUCCCCCUCUAGAAGCGCGGAAGUUACCUGGGAUAAGGCGCUGGCUAGGGCGGCGGAGGAGCUCGUGAAGUGGCAGUCGCACCACUUAACCACGACGGCGAGAGUAGCGGUUUUUGGCGUGCCCCUGGUGGGGGUGGCGGAGACAACUGCGGUUCUCCCCCUGGACAAGGUGGAGCCGUUGAUGGUGAGGGGCGGAAGGGUGAUUGGAGCGGGUGGCCUCCACGAGGUACGGCUGUGCUGCUCAGAGCUCUGCAUGGAGGAUCAGGUCCCCCCCCUCAAACAGCUGAGGUUGCUUUUUGGCGCGCAGCAAGGGGUGAUGCAGCAGCAGGAGAAGUGGUCGGAUGAGUGGGGAAGUGUGAUUGACUGGAAGAGGGUCAUCACGGUGCGGGACUCCGCGGUGCUUCCGAACCGAGCCCGGGAUGUUCUGCUUUGCCUGCAUUGUCGUAAUCUCCAAGUCGGGGUGCGGCUAAAAUUCCUGGAGGGGGUGGCAUGCCAGCACUGUGGGGAGGAGGAGACAGCGGAGCACUGUUUCUGUAGUGCACGGCGCGCCGCCACCAGCUCUCACUCCCCGGAGAGCUUGACGGGCCGCCGCCGCCGCGGCAGUAGAAGCACCGGUUUCUUGUCCCCGCGCGUGCCGGUGGCCGCAGCGCGCCUGCUCCUCGUACCUCUUCUCAUCCUCACCGCCGCCGCCGACUGCUUUACUCGCAACGUCGCGCCCCCACCCCUGCCCUCCCCCCCUCGCCGCCUCGACCCUCGCCACCGUCCCCCCCCUCCGCGCGGCAACCUCCGCCUGCGCGCGCCUUCUCUGCUCCGCCAUGCGGCGGAGCCGUCUCUUGGCGCGUGGCUCGAGUUCCUCGGUGUCGCCUGGGGGAAUUCGAGCUCCUGGCGUAACCACAGAGAAGGCGGGGGGAGCCAAGGCGGCGCGCGGGAUCGCCGCACGCUUUUGCGGGUUGAAGUUACCGCCGCCGCCGCUGCUGCGGAGAGGCCCGUGGUGCUAGGAACGUCAUAUGCGCACGCUGGUACAGCUGCAGGAGGCGUGGCGCGUGUGGGCGGGCAACAGCGACACCACCACGGCGUGCUCUGCGUGGACUGGCGUCACCUGCUGUUGACGGUGGUUGGCUAA